CCUGGUUGGUGUGUGACUCGGAGACUGCGUGGUCGGCACCAUGAAGACUGUCUUACUUUUUCUCGCUUGUGUUCCGGCCUGCUUGGCCGGGUUGCAGGUACCUUUGCUGAUUAUCAAUCUCUCUCCAAAUCCGGCCGUCGUUGACAUGCAAUACACACCGAACUGCAUGAAAGGCCUCUUCAACCCGAGGGACCUCGAGUACUAUUACAAAACUUGGGCUCAAUCCAACACCACUCUCCGAGCCAAGUACGACGAGAAAGAGCUGCCGUCGGAAUAUCUCGCCUACCUCCAGUUGUUCAAAGGCUUGACGGGCAUCGACAAUCUCGCCGCGCACCGCUUCAGCUUGUACGGCGGAACGACGACCCUCCCGGCAAUGCAGGUCAACCACAGCGUCCCUUUCGGCGUCUUCGAGACGGAGAUUGACGGCGGGACCGAUUGCUGGGCGGUGGACGCGUGGAAAUUCUUCACCAUAAGCUCCGGCAGCGCCAGAACGUAUCUCUACUUGCACGAUCCCUGGGAUGACCAUUGGGAGAUCGUCAAGAACUCGCACCUCUGGAGAAAUCUUCCGGAUACCAAUGAGGUCGCGGUCGACAUUGGCCCGGGGGGUAGAGCUGACCCCUUGCGCGUCGUUGCCGACGUCGCCCUGCUGGCCACGUCGAUAGUCCUGGCUGUUGCUGGAGGGUCACAAUUGUCCUUCGGCAUAACAACACUGAGGAUGGUCCUUGUCGGUGCAGGCCGGGCCGUCACGGCAGCCGGACUGGGGUUACUGUACCAGACGAUUUUCGUUGGCGGCGUCGUUCUGGUUUUCGGUUCAUUAGGCAUUGCUGGUUUCGCCUUCAUCCCCGGCAGAGAUGCACUCGAUGGUGCUACGACGUCGGUGGCCAUCCAGGCCCUCUCGUUUGAUGGCGUAUACAAGGAUAUUCCCCUUCAGAACCGAGAAGCUUGCUUGAUGGGCGAGAAUAUCGUGGGACAUUUUGACUGUAGAGUCGCUGGAACAUCUCUGGUCAUACAAGGUGAUGGGAGUGUGUUUGCUUUACCUAUGCCACCAAUUCAUAGAGGCUGGGACUGAUCUUCUGAAGCUCUGGUUGAGAAUAAUGGGGUCGAGGAGGGAUAUUUAAGAGAGCGGACACACCAAGGAUACAG